CAAAACGAUAUUCCUACAAAAGAAGACAUAGAUUUUAUAGCUGAUGAUGGAUAUAACCAUGAUGAAGACCCAACAUAUGAGCCUAAAGAUUCUUCUUCAUCAGAUGAUAAAUAUGUUGUUACAGGUAAGGAGUUUAAAAAACUAACCAAAAAGGCUAAAAAACUUGGUGCUGAAUCGUUUGAUUAUUCAACACGUAAAAAUAACAAGUAUAUGGCAACACUUCCAAGUGGAAAGAAAAUUCAUUUUGGGUCUUCACAAUAUCCAGACUAUCUUAUUCAUAAAGACAAAGAGUGAAAAGAGAGGUAUCUUGCUCGAGCUAAAAAGAUUGAAAAUAAACAGGGAGAGUUAACUUAUACUAAUCCUGAAUCGAGUAAUUUCUGGUCAGUUAAUCUUCUUUGGUGAAAAAUUUAAUAGGUUUAAAGAUUUAUAUUAUUUAUAAUUAAAAUGAAUUACUACUGUAAUUAAAGUUUAUCUAAACAGAUUAAGGAGGCAAAAGGAACUAAUAAUUUAAAAAGAGAAAAAAUCUUAAAAGGUUUUAGUAGACUUUUAUCAAUUUGUCAAAAUAGUUAUAAAAUAAUGGAUGAUGGGAUUGUGAGGAGUUUGAAGAAAUACGUACUUUUUAUUAUUAUGUAGCUCAAAUUUUUUGUAGAUAUUUAGAAAAUUAUAUUGAAGGCAAAAAUAUUAGUUUAGAACGUUUAGAAACUAUUCUUAAAUGCAUAGUAUAUGGAUACACUUUUUACGGUGGAGGUAGGGAUGAAAAAGGAAAUAGUUAUUUAUCUUUAGGUAAAUGUGCUGCGGAAGAUGAUGAUGAGUUUUUAAACAUUCCUAUACCAAUUGCAAAAACAGAUGAGUGGUAUAGUGAUUUAAUGAAUGUUAAUGAUUUAAAGAAAUAAAUUAUAUAAUAAAAAUGCAGUUAUCCAGUUACGAUCAUUUAACCCCAGAGAAUAUUGUUUUUAAGGAAGCUAAAGAGUACAAAGUGAAAGAUAGCAAGAUCAAAUACAAACGUAUCCCAAUUGAAGUCAAAUAUCCAAAUGGAAAGAAAGGAGCUUUGGUAAUUGAAACUCCACUUCUUUUCUCUUUUGGCGUGAGUGAGAAGAAGAACCAAGAAACAAACAAGUUAAUUAGUAGGUUAUAG